CUCAGCCUUAGAGAAGAAUGAGAUUAUGGCAUUUGCAGAUGACCGUCCGCACAGUGUUCUCCAUAACAGCACACCCGCUGACCGGCUUCAGCGUGUCUCAGGAACAGCUUGUGAUUGGUGGAGGUUGUUGGCAUGGAGGGCUGGGGACCCUCCUUAGGCAAACGCUAUCUCACACUCUAAGCAAAUAGGCCUGCGGUAUAAAGGUGAGAACUCGGACAGGUUUCUAUCCCUGACUCGUGGUCUGCUCUGGGCCGAGAGGAGGCAAAGUGGCCAUGGGGCACAAGGUGACCUGCAUCCUGCUCAUGGUUCUCAUGCUGGCCCUCAGCACCCUGACAGAGAACCCUGGAGGUAAGCCCUCCUGCUUCCUGGUGGUUUACGAAAGGAUGAAUUGUGGCUUCCCUGGGGUCACGGCCGAUGACUGUAAGAAAAGAGACUGCUGCUUUGCAGACAGCCCUCUGGGGUACCCCUGGUGCUUCCACCCUCGGUCCGCCAACAAGACAGGAAGUGAGAACGAUACAGAAGGUACUCCAUCAGGUCUGAGGUGGAGAGUUCAGAGUAGUGAGAACAACCCUGUGGGCCCCCGGGGACUUCCCAGCAUCGAGGGCCGUGCUCUGCCUAGCUGGGACCCUGGGAUGGGGGGAGCUGGCUCUGCCUGCAAAGGCUGGACUCAAGUCCAGCACGGAGAGUCAGGCUGA